CGGGCGCGGGACUGAUGCCGGGCGAGGAGAGGUGAUGGAUAUUCCCAUGGCUGUGCCCCGGCUGGACGGGCUGUUCCUGCGGCGGUUCCUGCGGCUGCUGGCCGUGCUCUUCCCCGGGUGGCCCUCCGCGAGCGCCCUCAUGUUCCUGACUCUGCUCGGUGUCGCCUUGCUGGAGCAGCUGGUUAUUUACCAGGUCGGCGUCAUCCCCAGCCAGUACUAUGAGGUCCUAGGGGACAAAGAUUUCUCCGGGUUCAAAACAUUGACUGCCGUUGCCGUGACUCUGAUCAUAGUGAACUCCACGCUAAAAAGCUUCGACCAGUUUAUCUGCAACAUGAUGUAUGUGAACUGGAGGAAGUCCCUCACUGAAUACCUCCACAGCUGCUACUUCCAAGGCCAGGUCUACUACAACCUGCAUGUGCUGCGUGAGGACAUCGAUAAUCCGGACCAGCGCAUCAGCCAGGAUGUGGAGAGGUUCUGCAAGCAGCUCAGCUCCAUGGCCAGCAAACUUGUCAUCUCACCUUUCACGCUGGCCUACUACACCCACCAGUGCUUUCACAGCACAGGCUGGCUAGGCCCAGUGAGCAUCUUUGGGUAUUUUGUCAUUGGGACGAUUGCAAACAAAGUAUUGAUGAGCCCAAUUGUGUCUAAACUUGUGCAGCAGGAAAAACUGGAGGGCGAUUUCAGGCAGUGCCCUUGGUUCAGUCUCCCAGCUCAGUCUUCAGGCUGUUUGCCUGGUCAUUGCUGGUGCCUCUGCUAUGGGUGUGUUGAAGAAAACUCCACAUGGAGCUUCACUGGCUGCAGAUGCAAGUUCAACGAACUGCAUCUACUGACAGAAAUCAGGUUCAAACACAUGCAGAUUCGUGUCAAUGCAGAACCAGCUGCUUUCUACAGGGCUGGGCGAGUGGAGCACAUGCGCACGGACCGGAGGCUGCAGAGCCUGCUGCAGACCCAGAGAGAGCUGAUAGGCAAGGAGCUGUGGCUAUACAUUGGGAUCAACACCUUUGACUAUCUGGGUAGCAUCCUGAGCUACAUGGUCAUUGCCAUUCCCAUUUUUUCUGGGGUCUACGGUGACCUGAGUCCAACAGAGCUCAGUGCCCUCGUCAGCAAGAAUGCUUUUGUUUCCAUCUACCUCAUUGGCUGCUUCAGCCAGCUCAUAGAUCUCUCCAGCACUGUGACCGAUGUAGCUGGCUACACACACAGGAUUGGUGAACUGCAGGAGACCUUGCUGAGCCUUGGCAGAAAAAAAAAUGGUAACUACUCAGAAGCCAAAACCAGCUGGGAUUUGGACGGCAGCCAUUCUGGGGAGGACCCAGUGCCAAGGGACACAGCUUUCCUUCUGGACCAAGUGACACUUUCGGUGCCGUCCUCUGGCAAGCUGCUCAUCAAGGACUUGAGCCUCAGGAUCUCACAAGGAAACAGUGUGAUGAUUGUGGGAAACACUGGUACAGGGAAGACAUCUCUCCUGAGGGUCCUUGGAGGACUCUGGGAGAGCACGCGGGGGAGCAUCAAGAUGCUGACCUGCUUUGGCCCCCGGGGAGUGGUGUUCCUACCACAGCGGCCCUUCUUCACCGACGGAAGCCUGCGUGAGCAGGUGAUCUAUCCCCUGAAGGAGAUCUAUCCAGUUUCAGCUUUCUCCCCAGGGUCUGCAGAUGAUGAAAGAAUUCUGCGAUUCCUGGAGCUGGCUGGGCUGACUGAUUUGCUGGCAAGGGCUGGAGGACUGGAUGAGCAGGUGGACUGGAACUGGUAUGACAUCCUGUCUCCAGGGGAGAUGCAGAGACUCUCAUUUGCACGGCUCUUCUACCUCCAGCCAAAAUAUGCGGUGCUAGAUGAAGCCACCAGUGCCUUGACAGAAGAGGUGGAGCAUGAACUGUAUCGUCUGUGCCUUCAGCUGGGCAUGACGCUGAUCAGCGUGGGACACAGACCCAGCCUGGAAAAGUUCCACAGCUGGAUUUUGAAACUUCAUGGGGAGGGAAGAUGGGAGCUCACUCGAUGCGAGAAGAUGAAGCGGCUCCCUGCUGGGGAAGGACACUGAAAAACAUGCCCUUGUCUGGCCAGACGCAGAACCUGCACAUCUGGGAGAGCUCUCAAUAGCAGACAUGGAGCUGCCAAGCCAGCAACUGUCAACAUAUGAUUCAAACAGUGGAAGGCCAAUUCUGGAUUUUGCUGAUGGACACAGAGCAUGUCAGAACUCAUAGUGUGGGGUUCUGUCAGGAGCAGACAGCUAUGCCAUCCUUCUCCUGGCCUCCUUUUGCCUCCCUGGCUCUCAUGCAGGAAAGGGGUGAGCUGCUAGGCUGCCCAAAGAGAAGAUGCUGCCUCGUGGGCCUUGUAGAAACAAGAGCCAGAGGAACCUCCACUUUGUCCAGGAUGCAGUGGUGCAAGGCUAGGAUGCAGCCUCCUUUUCUGCCCUCUGUGCCUUUCUGGGAGCUCUGUCUUUCAUACACAGCUCUGCAGAACAGAUUUCUGUACUUUGUGGCUCUAUUGAGGGUUGUGUUCCCCAAGAGGAGCAUUGUAAGGGGAGGAGAAUGCUAGCACAGAGAAGGGGUGCGUCUGCUCUCCUUAUGACACAUAGCUAUAUGUAAAAGGAACAUUUUUUUAUUAAAAUAUGGGGCCUGUUUUCAAA